GUGUCACAUGAAAAAAGGAGAAAUCCCCUGUGCUGGUUUAUGGUGUUUAUCGGUUUUUUUGUUGUUUCUUUCUUGCAAUCCUUCUCCUCCAGCUGGGUCUUUGUGUGGGAGAAGGGCUACCAGGAAACGGACUCUGUGGUCAGUUCUGUAACCAUAAAGGUGAAAGGAGUAACGCUGACAAACACAUCCGCCUUGGGAGCCAGGAUCUGGGAUGUAGCUGACUAUGUCAUCCCUCCUCAGGAGGAGAACACUGUGUUUGUCAUGACCAAUGUGAUACUCACACUGAACCAGCACCAAGGCCGCUGCCCAGAGCUUCCAGAUGAUAAAACAGAGUGCAAGGUGAAGAAUAACUGUGUUCCAGGAUAUGUCAGCACCCACAGCAAUGGCAUCCAGACUGGGGAGUGUGUACCGUACAACAGCAGCAUUAAGACCUGUGAAAUCUUUGCGUGGUGCCCUGUGGAGGAAGACUAUCAUAUACCCAAGCCAGCGUUCCUGCGAGAAGCUGAGAACUUCACCGUUCUGGUGAAGAACAACAUUUGGUACCCCAAGUUCAACUUCAGCAAGCGAAACAUCCUCCCCACUAUCAACUCCACCUACCUCAAGAACUGCAUCUAUGACUCCCAGACAGAUCCCUUCUGCCCUAUCUUUCGUUUAGGGAAAAUAGUUGAAGCUGCAGGGCAGAACUUCCAGGAAAUGGCUGUGGAGGGUGGAGUCAUGGCGCUGCAGAUCAACUGGGACUGCAACCUUGACAGAGCUGCUUCCCACUGUGUGCCAAAGUACUCCUUCCGGCGCCUCGACAACAGGGACUCUGCCCACACCGUCUCGCCUGGCUACAACUUCAGGUUUGCGAAAUACUACAAGGAUAGCAAUGGCACUGAAUCACGGACGCUUAUCAAAGCUUAUGGCAUCCGCUUUGAUAUCAUAGUGUUUGGAAAGGCAGGAAAAUUUGAUAUAAUUCCUACAAUGAUUAACAUCGGCUCUGGCUUAGCGCUGUUCGGUGUGGCAACAGUGCUGUGUGACAUUGUUGUUCUGUAUUGCAUGAAGAAGAAAUACUACUAUCGGGAGAAGAAAUACAAAUAUGUGGAGGAUUAUGAACGGGGAGUCAAUGAGACAUACGGAACAAACUCCUGACCUCCUGCUGCU